CCUUUCCUAUCCCCAUUUCCCCUCACCCUCCACCACUCCAACCCCGGGGAGGACCGUACCGAGCUCCUCCCGCCUUCAGCUCCUCUCUCCCUCUCCCGGCAGAGCAGCAGCGGAGCGGAGCGCUGAGCGGCGGCAUCAUGCGGCCGGGGGAUGUCUGAGUCGGGCGGCGGUGCGGCGGCGGCGGCCUCGCUGCCCCGGAGCCGCGCCGGAGGGAUGCGGGCGGCCUGGGGCUCCGUCUGGUGCCUGUGCCUGGCGGCUGCCGUCGGAGCGCUGCCGUCGGCUCGGCGGCGCGGAGCGGAGCGGAGCAUCGGGCAGGCGGCAGAAUACUUGAGGAGCGAGACCGCCUUUCUGGAAGAGUUGGUGUUUGGAAGUGGAGAUACCAUUGAACUUUCCUGUGACACCCAAAGCUCUUCUGUGUCAGUUUUCUGGUUUAAAGAUGGCAUUGGGAUUGCACCUUCCAACAGAACUCAUAUUGGACAAAAACUGUUGAAGAUAAUCAAUGUGUCAUAUGAUGAUUCGGGGCUGUACAGUUGCAAGCCAAGACAUUCCAACGAGGUCCUGGGAAACUUUACAGUCAGAGUGACAGAUUCCCCUUCGUCAGGUGAUGAUGAAGAUGAUGACGAUGAGUCAGAGGAUACAGGUGUCCCCUUCUGGACCCGGCCAGAUAAGAUGGAGAAGAAGCUGCUGGCAGUUCCUGCCGCCAACACCGUUCGUUUCCGAUGUCCAGCAGGUGGAAACCCAACUCCCACCAUCUACUGGCUGAAAAAUGGCAAAGAGUUCAAGGGAGAGCACAGGAUUGGGGGCAUCAAGUUGCGACACCAGCAGUGGAGCUUGGUGAUGGAGAGCGUCGUGCCGUCAGAUCGAGGAAACUACACCUGUGUUGUGGAGAACAAAUAUGGCAAUAUUAGGCACACGUACCAGCUUGAUGUUUUAGAACGGUCACCUCACCGACCGAUCCUGCAGGCAGGACUCCCUGCCAAUCAGACCGUGGUGGUUGGGAGCAACGUGGAGUUCGUCUGCAAGGUCUACAGUGAUGCACAGCCCCACAUCCAGUGGCUGAAACACAUGGAGGUGAACGGCAGCAAGUACGGACCUGAUGGGACACCCUACGUCACAGUGCUGAAGACGGCAGGUGUUAACACAACGGAUAAGGAGCUAGAGAUUCUGUACUUGCGAAAUGUAACUUUUGAGGAUGCUGGGGAGUAUACAUGUUUGGCGGGUAAUUCUAUUGGGAUCUCCCAUCACUCUGCAUGGUUGACGGUGCUACCAGCAGAGGAGCUGAUGGAAAUGGAUGAUUCAGGCUCAGUGUACGCUGGCAUUCUCAGCUAUGGCACUGGCUUAGUCCUCUUCAUCCUGGUGCUGGUCAUUGUGAUUAUCUGCAGGAUGAAAAUGCCAAACAAAAAAGCCAUGAAUACCACCACUGUGCAGAAAGUCUCCAAAUUUCCACUCAAGAGACAGGUGUCGUUGGAGUCCAACUCUUCCAUGAAUUCCAACACACCACUGGUCCGGAUCACUCGUCUCUCCUCCAGCGAUGGGCCGAUGCUGGCCAACGUCUCUGAGCUGGAACUUCCUCCAGAUCCCAAGUGGGAAUUGGCACGUUCUCGCCUGACCCUGGGGAAGCCGCUUGGUGAGGGCUGUUUUGGCCAAGUGGUGAUGGCAGAAGCAAUUGGGAUUGAUAAAGACAAGCCAAACAAGGCCAUCACCGUGGCUGUCAAGAUGUUAAAAGAUGAUGCCACAGACAAGGACCUUUCAGACCUGGUCUCUGAGAUGGAAAUGAUGAAAAUGAUUGGGAAGCACAAAAACAUCAUUAACCUCCUCGGUGCCUGCACGCAGGAUGGACCACUCUACGUGUUGGUUGAAUACGCAUCGAAGGGGAACUUGCGGGAAUACCUCAGGGCACGUCGCCCACCUGGCAUGGACUAUUCCUUCGACACCUGCAAGCUGCCUGAGGAGCAGUUGACAUUUAAAGACCUGGUUUCCUGCGCCUACCAGGUGGCCCGGGGCAUGGAGUAUUUGGCAUCACAGAAAUGCAUUCAUCGUGACUUGGCAGCCAGGAAUGUGUUAGUCACUGAGGACAAUGUGAUGAAAAUAGCUGAUUUUGGCCUUGCUAGAGACGUUCACAACAUCGACUAUUACAAGAAAACCACCAAUGGUCGGCUGCCUGUGAAAUGGAUGGCUCCAGAAGCAUUGUUUGACCGGGUCUAUACUCACCAGAGCGAUGUCUGGUCUUUUGGAGUGCUACUGUGGGAGAUCUUCACUUUGGGAGGGUCUCCAUACCCAGGAAUCCCCGUGGAGGAACUCUUCAAGCUGUUGAAAGAAGGGCACCGAAUGGAUAAACCUGCCAACUGCACCCAUGAACUGUACAUGAUCAUGCGGGAGUGCUGGCACGCCAUCCCCUCACAGCGACCCACCUUCACACAGCUGGUGGAAGACCUGGACAGAGUCCUCAUCAUGACAUCCACUGAUGAGUACCUGGACCUCUCAGUACCAUUUGAGCAAUACUCGCCCGCUGGCCAGGACACCCACAGCACCUGCUCCUCAGGGGACGACUCAGUUUUUGCACAUGACCUGCUGCCUGAUGAGCCCUGCCUGCCCAAGCAUGCGCCCUGUAAUGGCGUUAUCCGCACGUGACAGCUCCCCUGGACAGACGGAUGGAUGGACAGGCAGAGUGCCCAGCCUGGCACAAGCACAGAGCGCUGAAGAUAAACCCAUAGUGAAGGAUGUUUCCAUGAUAUUGCUCGGUGAUGCCGGAGGAUUCUUCUUGUUGAGCUGUUCAGGGUUUAAAAAGAAAAAAAAGAAGAAGAAGACAGAAAAUAGAAAAACAAAUCUUUUUUUCUCUUUUUUUUCUUUUUUUUUUUUUUUUCCCAUUUGCUGUAUAAAAAGUCAAGAAGCACUGUUUGGCCUGAAGGAACUCAUCUCUUGCCAAGAUGAUCUAUCGUGUAUGAUUUUCUUUUUAACUUCUUUUCUUUUUCCUAAGCAGAAUGUUAAACCUGAGGGCGCUGCCCUCCCGCCUGCGCUUGCUGAGCGCCAGAGUAACCAAUCUGUGCCUACAAUACAAAGAAGAGGAAAAAAAAUCUUCCUUUUUCUUUUUGGGUUUUUUUGUUUGUUUGUUUUUUAAGAAAAAAUGAAAAGCUAAUGAGAAAAAAAAAGUGUAAAGAAUGUAGAAAUUCUUUGCUUAUGCAAUCUGUACAUGAACCUUUUUGGUGGAGCUGAAAAGCCACGUUGCCUGCAGGGAUUCAUAUAUUUAUAGAAAUAUCUAUAUUUUUGUUGUCGUCGUUUUUAUAGCUUCGUGACCUUAUUUCCCAACUACAUAGAAGGAAUCUUUUUUUUUUGUUCAGAAGAAGAAGAAAUAUAAGUAAAUAAUGCGCAAAUCAGCAUGGAGGAAGAAUUAAAAAUAAUUAAAAAGAAAGACAGUCAAGUCAUCCUAUAGGAGGAGAGCACCGCCCAGCUGCUGGCUGUGUCCCAUAGGGAUUGCACACCUAUGUGGCAUCUUGAGCUGUGUUCCAACCUGCAGGACGAGCCAAACUGGGGAAAAUCCUGCUUUUUGGAGAUGGGGGUUUGAAUACUUUUGCUUACAAAGGGCAAGUUGUAGGGGAGAAGCUCCUCCAGCCUUUGGCAUGAGCGGUUUGGUUUCAACUACGUGCAGUGACUUGGAGAAAGAAGUUACGGGUACCUGUAGGCAAGAGCCUUUAACUUAUAUCAAAAAGGUUUAUUCCAGAGAAUCUGUGUAUAUAUCUAUAAAUAUAUCCUGUAUAUAUAUAAAUAAAUAUAUGGGGGGAAAGAAAACAAGAAAAAAAAGAAUAAAAAAAAAAGAAUGUAUAAUACUAAUUCAACAUAAAGCAGUACUGAGAGAGAGUCUCAAAGUAUGAGCAUUGCAAUCUAGGAUAUACUGAUCUGGGUGAAAGAGAAGAGUUGUGUUUGUUUUAUAUCUUCACAGUUUUGUUUUAAAAAUUGUACGUUAACGUGUAUAUUUGUAAAGUUAUUUAUAGACAUUAACAUAUCUGUUCUCCGGUUUAAAUAGCGUAGCGUUACUGUAAACUUUAAACGUCACCGAAUUUUAAGGGUGGUUUUUUUUUUUGGUUUUUUUUUUUUGUUUUUAACUUAUUAAAAAUGGAGAAAAAAAGUAUAUUAAUCAAGUUUUUCUUUUGUGUUUAUGGAAAAUAUUGAAAGAAUGUAUAGAUGUACAGGCCUUUAACAAAUUACAUUUAAUGUUUUUAUAUAUAUAUAUAUAUACUUACAUAUAUAUAUAUAUGUAUUCAUUAAAAAAAUAUAUAUUAGUUUAUCCUGGAUUGCAGUGAGCAAAGGUAAGUUUAUUUUUCAAUACAUCACCAGUGGUUAAAACCAAACAAAUAGCAGAAAGAUGUUUUUUUACGUAUUUCAGAAAAAAAGAGGGCCAAGAUUUCUUCCAUCACUUUAACCACUGUGCAUUACAGGGGCGUGGGUGUUUAUUUUUCUAUUUUCGAAUGAAGGUAUUCUUUGUGGUCCAGUCAAUAAGAAGCACACAGCAAAGCAACGUGUUGGCUUUGGAUGACCAGCAUUAAUUUCUUUUUUUUCCCCCUGUGCCAGUAAUGUUGGGUUUAAGAAAAACCAUACGGGCAAAACAGCGAGAGAAGCGACAUUGUUUGCAGGGAAGAUGCAACGACUGCAUAUUUCUUUUGCAUUUAACACAUUGAAAAAUGCCAGUGAUGCCUAGUUUUCUGUUUCCGAAAUGCUGUGCUUUGUUUGUUCCUGAAUGUUAGGCAUCAGGUAAAAGCACACAAGUGAAAAAAGAACCUUCACAUGGCUCAGCCUGACAAGGGGGGAGGUCUGGGGUGGCCUUUUUUUGUUGUUGUUUGUUCCUUUUCUUGUCCAGAAGACUUUAUCUGCUACCACAAAGAGGCAAGGAGAAUUGCAUCCUGAAUUCCUCCUUUACAUUUUUCUCUAGUGCAUAUUACAUAUCAAAGUGUCAAAACAGCAGGAUGGCAGCAUCUCAUUUUUAAGGUGUUUUGUUGUUGUUGGGUUUUGUUUUGUUUUGUUUUGUUUUGUUUCCUUCUUAGAGCCACAAAAUCCUUAUCCUAAAAUAAAUAAUUUAUAGUUUUGAGGUUAUUUCAAUGGAAGUUUGAGAAGGUAGAUUUCUAUAGAGUUUUGUUUUGUCAGGAUAAAAAGAAAUUUUUUGGUAUUUUCUUACAAAUGUCUGCUAAUUGUGUACAUUCCAAGUACUCGAAGCGUUGCAUUUCGUGUACUGAAAAAAGAAAAUGUACAAAACUGUGCAUGAUUUCAAAUGUUACUAGAUAUUAUAAAUAUAUAUAUAAUUUAUUGAGUUUUUACGAGAUGUAUCUGUUGUAGACUUGUUGACUUUUAACAUUUCUUAUUCAAUGCUUAUAUAGUUUUAUAGCCUGGACUAUUAUCUUUAAAAGCUUAAAAAAAAAAAAGGAAAAAAAAAUAUUAAAAUUCCAAUUUUGUUACAUUUUAUACUGUUGAUGUUACAAUCCACAGGUUUGCAUAGUGUGAUUUUUCAACGAGCAACUCUGUUCAGUUUAUUUUAAUAAUGUACUUCUGUGCCUGGCAGCUGCAGCUGUCGAAGGUGUGAGACAAACACUAAAUAAAACUAUUCUGCUUUUGUUAA